GUGGCCCCGCCGAGCGUAUUCAAUUUGUGAAUUUGGCCCCCGGAUUCAAGAGCUGGCGCGCAAACACGCAUAUUAGAUAUGAUUCAGCCAUACAUGCAUUACUUGUGAAUUUGCCCAGGCGCAGCGCAGGCCCAUCCGUCCCGUUGACCCCAUGCCGUUGACCGUGCGCUUGGAGGACCAACAAACGCCGCGCAACCAUAGUCCUGACCGCCACACUGACCCGCUCACAGAUAUAAUAUAUGACCACACUGACGCUGUAACGAAUUCACCUAAUAUUACCUCUGCUAGCCCCUGCUUCUUCACCAUGGAUUCGCCGCUUGAAGUUUAUGUCGUGCCCAUCAUUCUGACGGUGCUUACGCUAAUUACGCUUGCACUAGUGCUCAGUGUGCGCGGAAAGCCCAAGCACAAGUCGAAGGAGGUUGAGGCGCUGCUGAAGGACCAGGUGGAGAGCUCGGAGCCCGCUGGCACCGUAUACCUGUCCGAUGGCGAGGGCCAUGUCGUUCGCCGCUCCACAAGGGCUCGCAAGCCUGUGACUCCGACUCCCGGUUACGUGUCCAGCGCAACUCCUCGCACCACCCGGAAAACUGCCCAGGCUGAGCCUGAGGCCAAGACUCCUGCGGCAACUCCUCGCCGCAGCACCCGCGCGGCUGCGCCCAAGGUUGUUGAGCCGGAGGUGGUAUCGGAGGAGGAGCCCCCCAGCCCCAAGAUCCGCUCCCGCCGCACCCCGCGCGCGUAAGCCCCCACCGCGCAACCACCUACAUCGGGGUGGCAGCAUAUGUCGGAUAGGCAAGCAGGCAGCAGCGGCCUGCAGGUGGAUGACCAGGGGCACAACAGAAUGCAUGAGGGCAGCACACCUCGUGCAGACUUGAAGCCACGCCGGCGCACUGUGUGCCUCCCGCAACAAAAGACCUAGCAAAUGCAUGGUUUGCUGCGUGUCGGGCUGGGCCUCUUGUGACCUGUAUGAAUGGCCGCCCCCGCUCUGCAAAGAGCGUUACGAUGUCGUAUUUGCAUUGGCAAAUGCGGCUGGGCGGCACGGACCUUGACAUUGACUCCUUGACUUUAGAUGACAAUCAACCACAUGUGACAUGCUGAUUCGUAACCGAGGUGGGGGAUAGCGCAAUGUGACGUGCUGAUUCGUAACCUAGGUGGGCACUUGAGGCCGGAACUGCGUGACUCUAAUUGGCACAUGAUGUCAUAGGCAGACGGAGUGCCGACCCUGGCCUGGCUUCCAGCGCAUGCACUACAUGCACGCCGGAAGACCACUUCGCUGGUCAUGACAAGAGAGCGCCGUGAUGGUUACCUAUGCGACUUGUGUGUGU